UACUUCCUCGAAUCAAUUUUUCCGUCUCCCGAACCUACAGCUUCUUCUUCUGAAUUUUCAUUCAAUCUUUGAUCGAUUGAUCGAUCGCUCGCUCGCUCUUCCAACAAUUUUCAUCUGAAAUCUGUGGCGAAAUCGGUUCGAAUUGUUUUGAGGCAAGAUGAUGCAGCCUCUGUAUGCUCUGGUUUUGGGGGAAGUGGCGGCGAUUUUGCUGCUGCUUUUCCGAACGCCGUUGAGGAAGCCCCUUCUGAUGUUGCUGGAUAAAAUGAAGCAGGGGAGGGGUCCUGUGGUGGCGUCCACUGCUGCCGGUACUCUGUUCGUGAUAAUGGUGUCCAUCAUUAUAAACAUCAACAACAUCCAGUCCCGGACUGACGAAUCUGGCGCCGUUCUUAACCCCACCGACCAGGUUCUCCUCGCGCACCAGCUUUUGGAAGCAUCACUGUUGGGGUUUGCUCUUUUCCUGGGGUUGAUGAUCGACAGAAUCCAUUAUUACAUUAAAGAGGUCCGGAUGCUGAGAAAGCAUUUGGAAGCUAUAAAGAAGGUGGAUCCAAAAUCGCCAGAUGCUAAGGGCAUCGAGAAGGGAAAGAGUAAAGCUGAGGAGGAAGACUAGAAUUCGAAAUCAACACAUGUGACUAGCACUACCCUUGAGUUGGCAUAUCUAGAUAUCAAUAAUUUCUGCUUUUUAUUCUGGUGAUAAGCAAUAUUUGGUUGGAACAAAAGUAUGCAGCAAAGACUAAUGUAUGUUUCUUUCUGUUAUAAGUUUUGGCUCAAUGGGGAUCACUACCUUAAAAUGUUUCAGGUCACUUACAUGGCCUUGCAAUGAGAUUACAGUGAUAUGUUAACUACGAUACAGGAUA